AUGGUCAAGGCGGAUGUCAAGCGGGACUACUAUGCGGAUCUGGAUCUACCGCCGACUGCAGAUGGGGAAGAGAUCAAGAAGCAGUUCAGAUUACUGGCGAAACAAUUCCAUCCUGAUCGGAAUCCUGGCCAUGAAGUCGACGUCUUGCCCAAAUUUCAGGCAGUCCAAGCCGCUCAUGAGAUUCUGAGCGACCCGGUUGAGAAGGCCAAAUAUGAUGCUGCGCGAUCAAAACUGGCUGGUAGAAACCCCACGAGUAGUCAUGCAUCCGACCCAUAUGGCUUUACUCGGUCUUCAAAUCCCAAAACAGCCACGUCGACACCACACUUCCCUUUCCCUCCGCCUCCGAAACCCAAAGACAAGCGGCCGCAAUUCCCAAACCCCAACCAGAAGCCUCAGACGUCCGCUGGGGCUGACAAGUUCAAUGCCUUUGCUCGCGGAGCACCACAGUCAUGGGACAGAGCCAGAUUCGAUGAUGCCAGAGCAGAAGCGGGGAGAAUGUUUCCUAACAUGAGACCAGCACCUACUGCUCAACAGGUACCGCCACGCACGCCACGCCAGGCUCCAACAGCACCGAAGCCGUCAUCCUCGUCAGAUCUUCCCCACGUCUCAAAUAUGAAUCCCGCUGGCUUUCCCGGAUUGUCUCGGACUCAAAGUGCAAGAAAGCAAGGGUACACAUCUGGUGCGCAUGGAGCCGACGAGCCACAGGCACCUCGUUCUGCAUACUCUUACGUCCGAGCAGACCAUGCGCCAGGAUCCCCAGCGCAUGGAUAUGUGCCAGAUGAUCAUAUGCGAACACCUCCAGUAACUCGGGCUAGACCUGCAGUAAGUCCCCUGCGACAUACGAGAUCCUCUGACUACGACAUGCGAAGUGAUUCAUUCGGAGGAUCACGCCCUUCCUCCAAGUAUUCAGGAGUGGGCGGUGAAAGGACCGACAUCCAUGGAGAUGGUCUGCAUCGUUCUGCGAGCGUAAGGCACUCGCCCGUCGACCCACGUUGGGAUGACCGGGGACCUUUCGGUAGGUCGUCUGCUCACUUCGAACAUCAUCCUCGACAUCGUAGUGCCAGUCCAGGGAUGAAGAACGGGAUUCACGCCGACUUUUCCUCCGAAUCCUCUUCUAGUGAAGAUGAAGUACUGAAUAUGAACUCAAGGCCCAAGGCCAUGCCACGGUCAAGAACCCAAGGCUUGAAUCCGUUUGGCAGGAUCGUCGAUCCAAAUCCAGGUCUAACAGGACAAUUCCCCAACACUAAUUACACCAGGAUUGUUGAAGAUGGCCAGUACAAGUUUCCUGCUCCCGAUCCGAGGGAGUCCAUCCGGAGACCUUUCCCAGAUAUGACUUCCCCUGAUGUCGACGCACCGAAGCCGAACGGUUUGCACGAAUAUGGAGGACGUGGUGGCAAAUCGGAUGGACCCAAGUACGCUCCCUCUCAAAGACCCCCUGUUUACCCGUGGUUGCCAAAAUCAGGGCAUGGCCCUGCUGCCCGGAAAGGUGGCUCUUUUAAUGGCCUCCCUCCUUGGGCAGUUCCCUCGAGUGUCUUCCCGCAAAUGACGCCUCCUCGGCUUCGAAGGCAGGAAAAUGACAACCCGGGGCCCCGACGUCGUCCUCCACUCUCUCCCUUACAUUCAUCCGAUGUAGGCGCUAACUUCAGACGCAGUCAUGAUCAUGGCCAUAAUGUGCAGACGACGUUCUCAGCGGCUGCGUGGCAUGACAAGGUAACCGCCGAGGACAUCUUUCGUCCGCCAGAGGCCCAGAUGCGAAAGUCACCAUCCAAGUCAACCCGGAGUGGCAGCAAAGCCGCAACGACAAGAGAUCGAGGACUAUCUAGGGGAGUAGACGUAGAGGGCGGCUCCUCAUCAGAGUCUGCAGGUGGACGAUCUACCCACCAUCGUGACGGUGGCUCGGACGAAGAUAAACACGACAAAUCGGCCGCCUUCCAAAGAGGGAAACUGCCAGAAGACUGGGCAGCGAAGGCAAAAAGCGCAGCCGCCCAUACAGGGCCUUCAUCUACGGCCCAUCGGACAGGUCAUGAAGCCAGGGAUGAUUCCAGAGAUCGAUAUGUCUUUGUCGAAGAAGACGUCAUGGAUGUGGACGAUACACCACCCAGUCAUGGAAAGCAAGACCAUAGCCCUCACGUGGUGCACCAGUCUACACGAGAGGCAGCUCCACCAUUAUCAGGAAGACGAUCGACAAACGGAGGGGUUGACUUGAAAGAAUUCGCCCAGCAGGCUCCGUUCGCUCCAGCCUCAACAGGAUUGAAGGAUCUGGGCGACAUUGCCACUCACUUGCCGUUUGAAUCACGCCCAGAGGCGAGUGUCGAUACAGGCGGCAAAGCCGCGGCCAGGCUGCGUGCACUCAAUCUCCCCAAGCCACCCAAGCCAAUAGUACCGCCGGCAGUAGAUCGACUCGAUCAGGCCAAUUGGUUGCAGUACGUGGACCACAUGAAUGCGUACAUGAGGGAGUGGAACCGAUUCAACGCCAAAAUGAUUGAGCAUUUCCGAAGUCGACAGGAUCGAAUUUGCGGAACCAUGUCGCCGAGUUGGAUCAGCAUGCGUGGGGACGGGCCUGACGCCGACAGCUUGGAGGAAAAGAAUUCGCACGAGGCCGGUUAUGCCGCAUAUAUGCAAUGGUUGAAAGACGAUACCCAGUGUCGAGAUUGGUGGGAUCAUGCGCACGAAGAGCAUAUGAAGUGUAUGGAAGACCUGGGACGAACUAGAGAGGCGGUCAAGACGAAACUACGCCCGGUUUGA